AUGACUUCAGUCGAGCCCAUCACUGGAAAGGAGAAGCCGAAAGAUUCUCUUCAAGAAGAAUUUUUCACAAUCGAAGAUGUUAUCGACAAAACUGUGAACAAACUGAACUUUAGGCUUGCUUUCAUCUUCUGGGCCGCACUCAGUACGGUUUUCAACGCAGGUGCUGUAACCGACAUGACGGUGAUGACUGGAAACAUACCCUUUAAAGACUGGACAUGCUCUUCGAAAAAAUGCACCUCUCUCUAUGCAGCAGCUUCCGACAAAGAAACCUUCUUCUCUCAACAGACGAUGUGCGACAACGACUUUAUUGCUGGGAUAGAUUUUCAUUGGGCCACAAAAAAGACGACUUUCACAACGGACUGGAAUAUCUACUGCAAGAACGAGGCGAAGCUGUCUACAAUAUCUGGAGUAUAUUUUUUUGGUGGAAUCUUUGGAUUGUUAUGCUCAACUGGAAUCUUCGAUAGGAUAGGUCGCAAAAAAGGAGCACUUUUAGGAAGUGCUAUUACCACACUGGCUACUGCAGCAAGCGCUGUUGCCCCCAACUACGAGGCCCUGCUCGUAUUUAGGAUAAUGUCUGGGUUUGGUCUGAUGAUCAGCUACACGGGUACUUACUGUUGGAUCAUUGAAUUUGCCCCCACAAACCUCCGGAACAUAGCAAGUGGGUUCUACCCAAUGGGCUGGUCUAUAAGCUCUCUUAUGUUGGCGCUUCUUGGGUACUUGAUUGACAAAUGGCAGCAUAUAUACCUAGCUACAGCUGGAAUUUGCGCGUUCAGCACUAUCAUGCUUAUCGUGAAUCCUCUUCCAGAAUCACCUAGGUUUCAUUUGGUCCGAGGUGAGGAAAAAGAAGCGAAAAAAUGUCUGUUGUCGUUUUUCCAGGCUACUGGUAACCGCUUCUCCUUUGAAGGUGUAAAUCUAAUUUACGAGAAAAGGGUGCAAAAUUAUUUCAAACAGGUCAGUGAUUUUAAGACUUUAAGAGAUAUCCGGCUAUGCUAA